AUGGAUGGGGAGAACGGGACGACGGUGACGCACUUUGUGCUUCUGGGCCUCACAGCACGCCGGGAACUGCAGCUGCUGCUCUUUCCACUCUUCCUGCUCAUGUACCUGCUGGUCCUGGCUGGGAACCUCCUCAUCCUGGUGACUGUGGCUGGCGACCGGCGCCUCUACACACUGCCCAUGUACUUCUUCCUGGGCAACCUCUCCUUCAUUGACAUCUGCCAUGCCACGGUCACCGGCCCCAAGAUGCUGUGGGACCUGUUGGCAGCUGAGAAGACCAUCUCCUUUGGAGGGUGCGUGGCCCAGCUCUUUUUCCUUCAUCUCAGUGCCUGUGCGGAGAUCUUCCUCCUCACCGUCAUGGCCUACGACCGCUGCAUAGCCAUCUGCCGCCCGCUGCAGUACCCCAUCCUCAUGCACCACUCGCGGUGUGCUGGGCUGGUAGGUGGCCUCUGGGUUGGGGCCACCAUCCACUCCCUGGCGCAGGCCGCCCUUGUCCUGCGGCUGCCCUACUGUGGCCCCAACAUCAUUGACAAUUUCUUUUGCGAUGUGCCACCCAUUGUCAAGUUGGCCUGCACCGACAGCUACCAGACCGGUGUCCUCAUAGUCUCCAACAGUGGCACCAUCUCCCUCACCUGCUUUCUGGCCCUGCUGGGCUCCUACCUGGCCAUCCUGGUCUCCAUCUGGGGCCGGGGGGCUGCUGGGCGGUCCAAGGCGCUAUCCACAUGCGCAGCCCACUGGGCAGUUGUGGUGCUCUUCUUUGGCCCCUGCAUCUUCAUCUACACACGCCCAGCCACCAGCUUCUCACUGGACAAGGUGGUAUCCCUCUUCUACACCCUGGUGACGCCUGUGCUCAACCCUGUCAUCUAUACCCUGCGCAACCAGGAGAUACAGGGCUCCAUGUGGAAGCUGUGGCGCCGGGGGAUCUUCUCCUGGGGGGAGUAG